AUGGAAACAACGACGGCCGAAAGCACAUCCGGCAUGCCCCAAACGACACUAGUUCCCCCGAGUAUUUUACCUCCUGAUUUCCUAGACGCUGACAUUGACGAUAUUGUCAAUCUCAUUGCGGAUAUGCUUGACAGGCUCACUUCCCACAACGACCAGAUUCCCCUUCGACCUGAAGCACUUACUCGUUUUCACUCUCGAACACCACCCGGGAUAUCUAUCCAAGACUAUCUUAAGCGCAUCGUCAAGUAUACAAAUGUUGAGCGAUCAUGCCUUCUAAUUACACUUCAUUAUAUAGACCAGAUCUGCACGCUCUUACCCCACUUCACGAUCUCCUCUCUCACCGUCCACCGUUUUGUUAUAUCAUCCAUAACCGUGUCCUCCAAAGCCCUUUGUGAUGCUUUUUGCACAAACUCCCACUACGCCCGGGUGGGUGGAAUCAAGCUUAUUGAAUUGAACGUGCUGGAAAGGGAAUUCCUUGAGAAGAUCGACUGGAGACUCACUUGUACCCGUGAAAUGCUUCAAGAAUACUACACGAAUCUAGUAAGGACACAUAGUGGCCGCGGGAUCAAGUAUCAAAUGGGAGAGGCGCUCGCGAAGAACGUUCGUCAAGACCCUGUCACUCUGGAAUCUUAUCAAGCAAACGGUAAUGGCCCAGACAAAACCACACCAUCACCCCCAAGAUCUCCAGCAACGUCUACGGCGCCUUCCUCCGUGCACCAAGUACCUUGCGCGAAUGCUCCACCGCCACCUAUAUCCACCAAACCAUUCGCCCAGCCUCAGCCUCGAGACACCGUCGCUUCGCCCUCGCGUACUAUAAUCGCCGGUGUAACAUCUCCGUCCCUGCGCCGCGCCGGCCGCUCACCUGUUACUGGUCCAUCCCGAUCCAUUCCGUCUUCUCCUUCGCUCAAGCGAGCACGUGAUGGCACGGAAGAUAUUAUGCCAAGCCUUACAAACGCACACCUGAGAAAAAUGGAGGAGAGCAGCCCUAGGACCAGAAGACGGACAGGCACUAAUAGCAGUUGA